GGAGCAGACGUCAAGGUGUGUUGGCACCGUGUAAACCUAUUUAUUCCAUUUUAUUAAACAAAAUCAAUUCAGAUUAUCUUGGGAUUCCCAACUCAAUAUUUGUUCCGACUCUCUCUCUCUCUCUCUCUCUCUCUCUCCCGUGAAUCCUGGUUGUUUCUUACGUAAGCGUGUACGACUCUCUGCAAUGGCGAAGGUUUUCGAAGCAGCGGACGCGAGCAACCUGAUGACGGAGCUUCGUAUGAGCUUCGACGCCGGAGUAACUCGCGGUUACGAGUGGAGAGUCUCUCAGCUUAAGAAGCUUCUCGUAAUCUGCGAUAACCACGAGCCUGAGAUCGUCUCCGCUCUCCAUGACGAUCUCGGCAAACCUGAGCUCGAGUCUUCCGUUUACGAGGUAGCUCUAUUGAGAAACUCCAUCAAGUUAGCUCUUAAGCAACUAAAGAAUUGGAUGGCACCAGAUAAGGCAAAGACUUCUCUAACAACGUUUCCUGCAUCAGCAGAGAUUGUGUCCGAGCCUCUUGGAGUUGUGCUUGUAAUCUCGGCUUGGAAUUAUCCUUUCCUGUUGUCUAUUGAUCCUGUUAUUGGCGCAAUUUCUGCUGGGAAUGCUGUCGUCUUAAAGCCAUCAGAACUGGCUCCAGCUUCGUCCUCUCUGCUAGCAAAGUUACUGGAACAGUAUUUAGACCCUUCUGCAGUGAGAGUUAUUGAAGGUGCUGUUACUGAAACAACUCUGCUGCUGGAGCAGAAGUGGGACAAAAUAUUCUACACAGGUAGUUCAAAAAUUGGGCGUAUCAUCAUGAUGGCAGCUGCUAAGCAUCUCAUACCUGUUGUCCUGGAGCUAGGAGGAAAGUCUCCUGUUGUUAUAGACUCAGACACCAAUUUGAAAAUUACUGUCAAGCGGAUAAUUGCAGGAAAAUGGGGUUGCAACAAUGGACAGGCGUGCAUUUCUCCAGACUACAUCUUGACAACAAAAGAAUAUGCUCCAAAAGUGAUUGAUGCAAUGAAGCAAGAACUGGAGGCAUUUUACGGGAAGAACCCUAUGGAGUCCAAAGAUAUGUCACGUAUUGUAAACUCUAAUCACUUUGAUCGCCUGUCCAAGAUAUUAGAGGAGAAGGAAGUUUCUGACAAAAUCGUCUAUGGGGGUCAAAAGAACAGAGACAACCUGAAAAUUGCUCCAACCAUCUUACUCGACGUGCCAUUAGAUUCUCUGAUCAUGAGUGAAGAAAUAUUUGGUCCACUCCUCCCAAUCCUCACGCUCAACAACUUGGAAGAGUGUUUUGACGUGAUUCGUUCUCGACCUAAGCCACUUGCUGCAUACUUGUUUACCCAAAACCAGAAGCUGAAAGAGAGAUUCGCCAUGACAGUCUCAGCUGGAGGCAUUGUGGUCAACGACAUAGCUGUUCAUCUUUCACUUCCUACAUUACCAUUCGGAGGCGUUGGUGAAAGUGGAAUGGGUUCUUACCAUGGUAAAUUCUCAUUUGAUGCCUUCAGUCAUAAGAAAGCUGUUCUAUACAAAAGCUUUAUAGGAGAUGCAGCAAUCAGGUAUCCACCGUACUCUAGAGGAAAGCUUAGAUUGUUAAAGGCACUUGUCAACAGCAAUCUGGUGGAAGUAUUUAAAGUCCUUUUAGGAUUAUCUUAAAAGGUUAAAAGACAGGACUACACGCAUCCCUUUGUAUCUUGCAUUCUUCGUUUUUUUCAGAUAUGAACUUUGGUUGUUAAAAGAUAUAUGUUUUGGUGUUGAUGAAUACUGAAAGUCUAUAAAAAAGUGGUUUCUUCGUUUCAA